ACUUCCGCUUCGAACGAAAACAGCAAAAUCAUAAGCCGGUUCACAAUACUUAAUUUACAACAUGUCAAGAGGAAGCAGCGCUGGAUUUGACCGUCAUAUAACUAUAUUUUCGCCCGAAGGAAGACUGUAUCAAGUCGAGUAUGCCUUCAAAGCAGUGAAUCAGGGAGGGUUGACUUCAGUUGCAGUGCGAGGCAAAGACAGUGCAGUUGUUGUCACACAAAAAAAAGUCCCUGACAAGCUGCUUGAUGCUAGCACAGUAACCCACCUGUUUAGGCUGACAGAGGACAUAGGCUGUGUCAUGACUGGCAUGAUUGCUGACAGUAGAUCUCAGGUACAGAGAGCUAGAUAUGAAGCCGCCAAGUGGAAGUACACAUAUGGCUACGAAAUUCCCAUGGACAUGCUGUGUAAACGUAUAGCAGAUGUUUCCCAGGUCUACACACAGAGCGCAGAAAUGAGGCCUCUAGGAUGCAGUAUGAUAUUGAUAGCAUAUGACCAAGAGAAUGGUCCCCAGCUGUACAAAACUGACCCUGCCGGCUAUUUCUGUGGGUACAAGGCGUGUAGUGCUGGUGUGAAACAGCUAGAGGCCAACAGUUUCCUUGAGAAGAAGAUCAAGAAGAAGCAAGAGUUCACACACAAUGAGGCUACUGAGAUCGCUAUCACCUGCCUUUCCAAUGUAUUAUCGGCUGACUUCAAGUCAUCAGAAAUUGAAGUGGGAGUUGUAACCAAGGACAAUCCUCACUUUAAGAUUCUAACAGAGGAAGAGAUUGAUGUUCAUCUUGUGGCGAUUGCAGAGAAGGAUUGAUCAAGUCUCCUACCUGGACCAUAUAUCAUAUCGACAUUCAUCUCCACUGAUGUGAAGGUGGACUUUUGUCGCAGUGGAAACAUCAGUCCAUGCAAACUUGUUAAAACCUACGAACAUCUUUCAACUCAGAUUUAUGUGUGUUUAUGGAUGAUCAAUAAAUAAUAGAUGAACAUUUGUGAAAAUGUUAAAAAAUCAAGUCAAAUCUGACUUAAACAAGAAAAGUGCUUCACUGUUUGUGGUUUAAAAUAUAUGAUAAUUGUAUACUUAUUAAAUGAAUCUGUGAAAUGUA